AUGUCGGGGUUCUUUACUUAUCGAAACUUCUCAUUACACGACACGCCUGCCUUGGAUGGGAAGGUGGCUGUUGUUACGGGAGGUCAAGCUGGCAUAGGGAGAGAAAUCGUUGCGCAGCUACUGUUGCACGGCAUUAAGAAAGUCUACGUUGUCGCGCGUAGCAAGAGCAAGUUCGCCAUAGCGCAGGAGGGAUGGCGAGAGCGGAAAGACAUUUUGCUCAGCGAAGACGACGACAGGGUUGAAUUCAUCCAAUGCGAUCUCGCGGACAUCAGAUCGGUGAAAGACGCCGCAGAGAAGAUCACUCGCAAGGCAGAGAGACUGGAUAUUCUGGUGUGCAAUGCGGGGAUGGGAUUGUCGCCAAAGUACAAGUGCUCCCCACAAAACGUGGAGAUCAUCUUCGCUAUCAAUUGCGUCGGCCAUCAGAUUCUGACGAUGCUCCUGCUGCCUCUCAUAAGGCGGUCUAUAACCCAGGGCAAGGCGAGCGAGGCGCGGAUAGUCGUCACCAGCUCCUCUCUCCACUCCGUGUGUCGCCAGCUGGACUUGGAUCUGCUGACUUCGCCGGAUCGACCCAAGUCUGCGAUGAUCGAUGGGUUAUGGCGUUACGGCCGAUCAAAGCUGGGCAAUAUCCUCUUCACACGGGAGCUGAAUCGCCGGCUCGAGAAACUGAGCAACGACGCGGAUCAAUACAUCUACGUGAACACGUUCUUCCCAGGUAACAUCGUUACGGAGCAGUGGAACGUCUGGAACCAGUAUUUUGGGAAGUUUGGGGGCAAAAUCAUGAGAGGUCUGUUCUCCUUGAUCGGCCAGAGCACGCAAGAUGGUGCGGCGACUGCCAUGUACCUGGCUGCGAGCCCCGCGAUUCGGGAAAAUAGAAUCAGGGGGCAAUACUUCAUACCUAUUGCGAAACCUUACGAUACAAGUAAGAUUGCCAAUAACAUGAAGCUCGCGAACGAGCUUUGGGACUGGAUAGAGGCGAAAGCAACAGAAACUUUGGGUCCAAAUUGGCAGAGCGAGGUCGGUGUCGCUCCCUCUGGAGGCAUAUAA